AUGGCUUCCGACACAAAGUACGACCAACACCUAGAAGAGGGAUUGCUGCCAGUUGCUGUCAACGAGAAGGGGACUUUGACUUCGACUUCGAGACCAUCCAGGACGCCGCUGCCGAACAAAAUGACUGCUGCACGCCGUGUCCUGCUCACCGUCUUGGUGUGCGGCUUGAUGAGCCUCAGUCUCGCCUCGGCCAUCGGUCACAUGGCGAGACCUUGCACCAGAGAUCAUCAAGAGCAAGUCCUGGUUGCUGAGGGUGAUGUGAAGGACGCCGCCAAAGUGGAUCUCAUUCACAGGCUCCUCCACGCCUACUUCCCCGACCGCUACCAGGAUGGGGUCUAUGCCUCGGACAAGGAAGCCAUUGCUGCUUUCCAGGCGGACGACUCCGAGCUGGCCUCUGCUCUCGGUCAGUUGGAGAAGCGCCAGGACAAUGGCACCUCGAGUGCUGCUGCCACUGCCACUCUUACCCCAUCGGCCACCGAAGCUGCCACGCCAUCCGCCUCGUCCGCGCCGCCUGCGAGUGACACGCCGACCCCGACCCCGACACCGACUCCGACACCGACUCCAACGCCGUCUACUCCGGCCACCACCUCCGCUGCUCCCCCGGCGUCCUCCUCCGCAGAGGCCCAGCAGUCUUCCACCACGCCUCAGCAGACUUCGCAAGAGCAGACCACACCCCAGCAGUCAUCGCAACCCGCAGCCACCACCCCCACGACACAACCAACGUCAGCAGCAGCAGCCCCUACUUCUGGUACGUCUCAAUCGGAGCCGCAAGCAUCUCCCUCUUCUACUGUUGGGCCGUCUACCGCCUCUACUGAGUCUCCUCCGACGACCAGUGGGUCUCCUUCCUCUUCUUCUCCCCCUCCCCCUUCUUCUGCCCCCUCCUCGUCCGCUCCCACCACGGCCUCCCCGGGGUCUUCGAGUGCGUCCGCGCCGGGUACGUCUGCUUCCCCCUCUCCUGAGACUACUACGGUCGUGACGACCUCGUCCACCGCGAUUUCCACCGAGCCCGUGUCGUCGACUGUGUCUGUAUCUGGCACCACCCGCCAAGGCACCACCACCACGCGUGCCGCGCCCAGGACCACCUCGUUCAGCGAGGUCAAGACCACCUUCACGUCGACCGCCUCCAACGGCGACGUUGUCCUCGUGACCGCCACGUCCUUUGUCGCGGUCGAACCCGAACCGGCCGCCACCUCGUCAUCCGGUUCCGGCAACAGCGGCGGCGGUCUGCAAAACGUCGCCGUCCCCAUCGGCAGCGUUUCCGUCCUGCCCAUCUCCCUCGCCGCCUUUGUGGCCGGCGCCAUGCUCUUGCUGUGA